AUGUCCAAGAGAAAGAUUUACGAAGUCUCAUCUUCCAAAGACUCUGAGAUGGAGAAAUCGUUCCUCAAAGAAUCUGGAUUAAUGGCGUCCCAAAGACUUGACACUGACAAAGACUUACUCAAGGCAAGCUCCUUUCUCAGCCUCUACAAUGGAGGACCUAUCGUGCACCCGACACAGGGCAGGUUAUCUCAAUACAGCCCGUCCUGUCACAUGAUGGACUAUAUUGUCCACGCUAUGAACAGGUCACUAUGCAAUAACUUCUACUUCAAGCGAGCCAACCCUAACUACCAUCCUUACAUUCUCCGCCUUUACUUCGGUGUACUCUUCUGGAUCCAGUGUCUACGAGCUGGAAACGACGUGAACGCCCUCUCUCACAAACAACAUCAGUUCCUGAACCGCUUCUUAGACAACCAUCCCCCGGAGAGCCUCCCCGUUCCCAACCCUCUCCUCGCACUGUUUACAACGCUAGGGAAAGUAUACCCUAGCGUGCCUGUCAAGCCAGGACCCGCUCGACGUGAACAUUUCAUGAGAAGAGAUCUCGUUGAAAUGCACAUCUUGCCAAAUAUUCCUGGCAUCUUCGCUCUUCUUGAAGACCUAAACCGUCUCUUCACGCAAGACCCUCCGGUUUAUCCAAAACUAGGCAAGCACAUCCCAUAUAAAUGUGAGGCGGACCAGAGUUUAAACGAAGCAUUCGCUGAACGCUAUCCUAGUUUUGACUUCGUCCCCACUGCCGCUACCGAUAAGCUGACCAGUAUCUCCUCUUUCCUCCACAUGAAACGAAGCGUGGCUUGGUUUAACCAAGUCAAAGAAGUUGCCAUCUCCGCUGCCUCAUACUUUGAUGGGUCAUGCACUCUUUCUGACUGUUCCCCUCACGGCACGGCUGCUAACCAAGUCGUGGUUUGUCUCACUAAUCCGAAACACCCUCCGGAAACUCCGAGAUGCUCUGCUGACGAGCGGUCUCUCUAUGAAUUCGGCUACAGGCUGAAAAGCACUGCUCACAACCUCCCUCCUCUCACACAAGCUGCUGCCGCCUACUCUCAGACACAUAUCAGGAUGUUCUCCAACCAUCCCUGCCUCGCAAGUUUCGGUUCAAAGACAGCCAACAAUGGCCCCUUCUGGAACAUCAGGCCGAUCGGCUCCAGCGUCACCGACGAAUCCUCCUUCUACUCCAUCCCGAUGAUGGUGAACCGUGCGAUGAAGACGAAACGCCCAUCCAUGUAG